AUGCCAAACUGCAGGCUAAAACCGUCUUCCUGGCUGGUGUUACCUCAUGCCAACCGCAGGCUAAAACCGUCUUCCUGGCUGGUGUUACCUCAUGCCAACCUGCAGGCUAAACCGUCUUCCUGGCUGGUGUUACCUCAGGCCAACCUGCAGGCUAAACCGUCUUCCUGGCUGGUGUUACCUCAUGCCAACCUGCAGGCUAAACCGUCUUCCUGGCUGGUGUUACCGCAGGCCAACCUGCAGGCUAAACCGUCUUCCUGGCUGGUGUUACCGCAGGCCAACCUGCAGGCUAAACCGUCUUCCUGGCUGGUGUUACUUCAGGCCAACCUGCAGGCUAAACCGUCUUCCUGGCUGGUGUUACUCAGGCCAACCUGCAGGCUAAACCGUCUUCCUGGCUGGUGUUACCUCAUGCCAACCUGCAGGCUAAAACGUCUUCCUGGCUGGUGUUACCUCAGGCCAACCUGCAGGCUAAACCGUCUUCCUGGCUGGUGUUACCUCAGGCCAACCUGCAGGCUAAACCGUCUUCCUGGCUGGUGUUACCUCAGGCCAACCUGCAGGCUAAACCGUCUUCCUGGCUGGUGUUACCUCAGGCCAACCUGCAGGCUAAACCGUCUUCCUGGUGGUGUUACCUCAGGCCAACCUGCAGGCUAAACCGUCUUCCUGGCUGGUGUUACCUCAGGCCAACCUGCAGGCUAAACCGUCUUCCUGGCUGGUGUUACCUCAGGCCAACCUGCAGGCUAAACCGUCUUCCUGGCUGGUGUUACCUCAGGCCAACCUGCAGGCUAAACCGUCUUCCUGGCUGGUGUUACCUCAGGCCAACCUGCAGGCUAAACCGUCUUCCUGGCUGGUGUUACCUCAGGCCAACCUGCAGGCUAAACCGUCUUCCUGGCUGGUGUUACCUCAGGCCAACCUGCAGGCUAAACCGUCUUCCUGGCUGGUGUUACCUCAGGCCAACCUGCAGGCUAAACCGUCUUCCUGGCUGGUGUUACCUCAGGCCAACCUGCAGGCUAAACUGUCUUCCUGGCUGGUGUUACCUCAGGCCAACCUGCAGGCUAAACCGUCUUCCUGGCUGGUGUUACCUCAGGCCAACCUGCAGGCUAAACCGUCGUAG